GGGACCUGCAGGGCCACCUCAGAUUCCAGUCACCAUGUGGGUAUUUAUGCCUCUGACUUUUGCUGGAAAACUGAUAAGCUUUCUCAGGCAACCACUGAGCUUCCUGUGGAGCAGCCUGGACUCCCUAUGUCUCUGGCUCAGAAUCACUUUCUGGCUUGCAAGGACCAAGAGGGAUCAGCUGCAGCAGGACAAGAAAAAAGCAGAGGAUAGCAUCGAGGAAGAGGAAGAGAACCUAGAUGUGCCCACCAUCAUUCCCAUCAGUGUCAACUAUCACUUCACCCGUCAGUGCAAUUACAAGUGUGGUUUCUGCUUCCACACGGCCAAAACAUCCUUUGUGAUGCCCCUGGAAGAGGUCAAGAGAGGACUGUUGAUGCUCAAGGAAGCUGGUAUGGAAAAAAUUAACUUCUCAGGUGGGGAGCCAUUUCUUCCUGAUCGAGGUGACUACCUAGGCAAGAUGGUGAAAUUCUGUAAGGAGGAGCUCUGCCUGCCAAGUGUGAGCAUCGUGAGCAAUGGGAGCCUAAUCCGGAAAAAGUGGUUCAAGGAUUAUGGCAACUAUUUGGAUAUUCUCGCCAUCUCCUGUGAUAGCUUUAAUGAGGACGUCAAUGCUCUGAUUGGUCGUGGUCAAGGGAAGAAAGGUCAUGUGGAAAAUCUUAAGAAACUGAGGCAGUGGUGCAGGGAUUACAGAGUAGCCUUCAAGAUUAAUUCUGUCAUUAAUCGUUUCAAUGUGGAAGAGGAUAUGAAUGAGCAAAUUAAAGCACUGAACCCUAUACGUUGGAAAGUUUUCCAGUGUCUCAUCAUUGAGGGUGAGAAUGCUGGUGAAGAUGCUCUGAGAGAAGCAGAAAGAUUUGUUAUCAGUGAUGAUGAAUUUGAAACAUUUUUAGAGCGCCACAAAGAUGUGUCCUGCUUGGUGCCUGAGUCUAACAAGAAGAUGAAAGAUUCCUACCUUAUUCUGGAUGAAUAUAUGCGCUUUCUCAACUGUCAAAAUGGGCGGAAGGAUCCUUCCAAGUCCAUCCUAGAUGUUGGCAUAGAAGAAGCCAUAAAAUUCAGUGGAUUUGAUGAGAAGAUGUUUCUACGACGAGGAGGGAAGUAUAAAUGGAGCAAGGCAGAUCUGAAGCUGGACUGGUAAAGUGCAACAAGGAAAAGAACCUUCAACACAAUCAGAAGAACUCUCACUCAGACUGGAGAUGCUCCAACCAAUGCCAGAAGUGCUUCCUGUUGGCAUGUCACAGGAUGUCACAUCUGGUUUUAUGUUGCACAUGAAGUUUGAUUAUCCCUGGUAACUGAAUGUGAUGCUUGCAUGAGUGAAGUUUAUAGGUAAUGCAAAGCCAUUGACUUUGGUUUAUAAGUUCCUUUUAGAUAAUUUUUCAGCAGUGUUCACUAUGGCUACUGUAUUUCCAGUUAUUAUACAUUUAUUUUUCUAGUUUCUUAUGAUAGUGUUUUUUAUUAUUAUUACUAAAGCACUAGAAUAUGGUGGUGCUGGGACUCGAACCUAGGACUUUUGGUGCCUCAGAGAAUUAUGUUUUUAACAUAACCACUAUGCUAUCUCCUCAGCACGCUUAUGAUAGUUUUUAGUGCUA